AUGAGCACUUAAGUAGAGUUGCGAGUAUGAUGAUGUGAGAUAAGGGCAAACUUUACCUAUCACGAGACCUAGAAAUAUAUAAUGGAUACGUGGCUACGGUGAUGGUGUUGGUGUUAGACAGUGACGGAUUUAAGAACUUUUUUCACUGUGUUUCUUUUGAUAGAUUCUCACUAUUUUUUUUUUCCAAAUCAUAAGAGGUUCUCACUAAUUUUCUCAAUUUUUUCCAAACCGAAUGGGUUCCUGGGACCCACAAAAGUGGCUUAGAUCCGCCCCUGGUGUUAGAGAUUGUGUUUCAAGUCACUAUACAUCUAUGGUGGACAUGAUGAUGCUCAAGUUCAGACCGAUUGCACCGAAACCGGUUGCUUUGGGAUCGGGCUCUAGUGACUUGACAAAGGAGAAUGUCCGUAUAAGCGGCCGAUGUAAGCGGAGGUACGUUAGGGUUAAACGAAACGAGUGUAAUAAGAAAAGAAAACCACGUCCGUCAACGUUGACAUCGUCAGAGAAAGUUUCCGGUGACGGAGACGCGGCGGUGACGCUAUCGUUGAUGCCCGAAACACCAAAGGCUAUGGACCACUCAUUGAUCAAGAAUAUAUCAUCACCUAUAUGGUGGUACUCUAAAAACAAUAAUUAUCAAACAUCACGUGAUGGUCACGUGACACCACCAAAGAGGCCACAAACGGUGUCGUUUGUGAUGGUGGACAUGGUCACGGAGACGACCGUGGAUGGUGGGUUGGAAGAAUGGACGGAUAUGGAUAGUGACACGUGUCCAAGAUUCAUAUCGGAUGGCAGAGAUAAGGUGGUGUGGACGAACAAGGCGUAUAAAGAGAUGGUUGUCGGUGGUGAUGAGGUGUUUGUGGUUCGGAAAGAGGGUGGAUGGCCGGCGGCAUUCACGUGCAAUGUGAGGGUCACGUGCCGGACCAACAUGGGCACUUUAUCAACCGUAACGGUGCCGUGUGACACGUGGAGGAUGGAGAGUGGUGGACAUGCAUGGAGGUUGGACGUUAAGGCUGCACUUUGUUUGGGUUGUUAAAUAAACAAGUAUAGUGUAUUUUUAAUAUAAAAAAGAAAAUAAACCCCUUUAAAAAAAUAAGAAUGGGUUGUACAAAUGUUUGGAGUAUGAUUUCGUGUUGUAAGUUAAGUUUUAGACUUGUAUAGUAGGACUUUCGGUUGUUAAUAACAACUAUCAAGGAUAUGGAGUGUAGAGGUGGGUCCGGUUUUAUAUAUGACUUU